GCUUCAGUCAUGAUUUUUGUUUGAUACUUUGGACUUUGUUUUGGAUUUACAGCAGUUUUCUCUGUAUUUUAUCAAUCCAACUCAAGUACAACCUGCCUGCUCCUCCCGCCUGCCUGCUUUUUGGGGUCCACCAGCACCUCGCAACGUGACAGAUUGCUGGUAUAAAAUAUGCAAAGGUUGAGUUUUUGCAUGUAAAAUAUAUUCUUGUUUUCAACUGUAUGUUUUAUUCUUAAUGAUUAUGUAUAAUUGUAAUUUUACACACAUGUUUAUGAUGGUUGCCGGGCACGCGAUUUCACAAAUUUACACAGAAGCACUUGCAUGCUAUGCUACAUUCAGACCAAAGGCGAGAUGAGAUCCAGGGCCUUGGGCAAAUGAAAGUCCAGAAGCUUGGCUAGAUGAGGAGUGAGACCCAAGACCUUGGGCUGAUAAGGAAGGAGAUUGUGAGUCUUGGGCAAACAAGGAUGCAGAUUCAGGACCUUAGCUGAGAAGAUCCGGAGCCUAGAGCGAGGAAGAGGGCACAUCCAGAACCUUGGGCCUAUAAGAAGACAGAUCCAGGACUUUGGGGUAUCGCCCAGGAGACACAUUUGAUACUUUGAGGCUGAAGAAGAAGCAGUGCCACGGCGUUACUGCUGAUAAGGAGACAGCACCAGAAGAGAUCCCAUCCUUUGCUCCAAUCUAUGGUCGGCAGAUGGCAGCAUCAUGCAUAGACCAUGAACAAGUCACCUAAUGCAUAGCUUUAAGCCACUUUCAGUUUCAAGUGAAAGCAGUGACUUUAUAUUGUAUUGUUGGGGUUUGUUUGUUUUACAGCUCUUAAUAGUUUGGGUGGCAGAAAUAUGUCAUCUGUCACUGUAACCUCAUUCGACUGCUCUUCCGUGGUCAUCAUUCAACACUGUGGCCAAGAUGUUUGCGCUGUGUGGGGGGGGGGACCCCAAAUGUUUCACAUUCCAAAGGCCAAACAAGUCUAACAGGUUGCAAUGUGAUGUUACGCUCAGUCUUGACGUUAUUCCACUCAGUUUGGUUUCCUCCUUUGUCCAAGCCUCUCUUGUGGCUUCUGCCGACUCCGCUUUGCAUACACGACUGCUAGAACGCGUACCACCUCUUUGUCGGAAGGGGCUCCACAUCUAUGGCUUGUACUGACUGAUAUCAAGGACUUUGUGGACUUUUAUGUAGUUGUUUUUCCACCCAAUGAUCAAUCGCUGGGGAUCAACUCAAUGCGAGUGUCAUCGUUAAUAACAGCAUUUAUUUUGAUGGCAAAAUUUGAUGCAUGUGAAAUACAUUUUUUUUCUCAACAGCACAGUCUGAGCAUGUUUUAAACAAUGGCUAGUGAUCAUUGCUCUUAUCUUUUUUUUUUUUUUUUAAUGAGGGCUUGCGUUUAUUUGCACGUGCAAUCACUGCAUUGUGAUGAAAUUGUUAUUGCUCGCAAUAACAAAGAAUUGUUAUUGUUUCAAAAAAGUGUUUCCAUGCAUUUCCCUGUUUCAACAAUAAGUAUUUGAAUGGGCUAUGCUGUUUCGCGGUGCAAUCAGUAUCUUUCGCGAUGAUAACAUCAAAUUAUGUUCCAUUUUUUUUUUAUCAGCGUCUUUCUGUGUACAUCUGUUUCCAUAAAAUUUGAGUUUUCACGUGGCUGUUAUUUCAGUUAUCACUCAAUCACUUUUAUGAUUAUUCUCAUCCUCAUCAGCAAUGAUAGUCAUGCACAUAACUCACAUCAUUGUGCUUGAUUCUCAUAGCUUUUGUGAAUUGCUUAUUCUUGAUUUCCAGUCUAAGUAACAGAUUUGAUAUUCUUAUUUCAUCAUUGAGAGAGAAAAGAGUUGCUUGCUUUCUUGAAAAUGUCAUUAGUUUUAGGUUAUAUUGUACCGUUUGUUUUUUCUUUACUCAAAACAACAACUGCCAGCUCUGGAAAACACCCUAUAAAAAUAUUUUUUGGUCUCAUUGCAUGUACUUUCUUAUUAUUGUCCCAAUUAAAAGUUGUAUUCUGAGUUGAAGCUAAAUAUUUCUCGUAUCUGCGUGUGCCGCACCCCUAAAAGGGUUCGAGCGUCAUUCGUGACAUUAUUGGAUGUUAUGAAACACGGCUCCGUGAGUGUUAUGCAAGUGCAAAAAUUAACGUGUCACAAGGGGCAAGUGGAGGCAUAUGUUGCGGCACAUGUCGCAAAUUUGGAGCUGCACAAGUUGCAUUUCAGUCAGCAACAAAAGCGCUAACUGACGAGCGAGCACAAUCGAUUGUGUGAGCACAUGAAUAAUGUUGAUUGGUGGAUAAUGUAUAGACUGACGAUGCAUAGCCUGCUCCUGAAGUCGUCUGGCAACUUCACCGGUCCAGAAAAAAAAACGCAAAUGUGAACUUGUUUUAACCUCCCUUAAUGUCAGAUAGAUUUGUAAUGUAGGUCAUGUCACAUUCACUCCCUUGUCGUGUCGAAAAGAGGUCAGGUCCUUUUGAUUGUCAGACACUUGAAAACCACGUUUAGAAGAAUUCAUGAGUACUGCUAACAUUGCACAGACACAGGAACAAGUGGGACAUACUGUUCCAUAUUUUAAAAAAAACACUCUGUGUUUUUUGUUGUUGUUGAGGUUUUUUUUUAUUGUUUUUCAUGGAAAAUAUUUAUUACUGGUUCCUUAGCAUCUUUUUCAAUAAUUUGGUGGGGAGGUUAAAAAAAUUACAUAUAAUCUUCAUUAUAUAUAAUAUUGCAUCGCGACUGGAGUCAAAUGGAUAACACUUGAAUUGGUAUCAGGCCAAUACCGGGCUUAUUUUAAAGUAUCGGGGACUCGCAGAGGCUGCUGAUACCAGCCACUGAUACUUAGAGCAGAAAAAUAAAUAAGAAUAAUCUGACAUUAAACUGGUCUUCCUCUGCCGUAGUUGGCGCAAUAUUGCGGCACCUUGACAAAUUGGCGAAUCUUCUUUUUGGGACUUAAUUUAGCAAUUGUGAUCUUUCCACGCACCUUCUUGUAAUUUCUGGAGAAUCCCUCUGUGUUGCUCUUUGUUGCUCUUGGGUCCAAACCGCACAUAUGCCAUGACACGCUGCCUCAUAACUGGAGUGUAUCGCAUCCUAAUUGGGAAUAAAUGAAUGGUAUCAUAUUGCAUUGCUAUUCCAGUCCAUUGUGUCCAUUUUAACGAAUGGUAUCAAAAUUAGACUUAAUCAAAUGGUAUCGCAUUGGGUGAAUUUUACGAUAUCGCAGUUGGAGCGGAUCAACUCGUGCGAAAUCUAUCAUAAUAGGAGAGUCAGUUGUUCCUGUAAUUUUAUUUGUGUGAUUCAAUUCACAAAAUACAAAUGUUUGUGUGUUGUUGGUUGAAAAAGGCUUGCCGUCAACUAGUUUGUUUUACUCAGAGAGCUUGGAUGGAUUUUUUUUUUUUUAAACCUACUUAUGACCUAUACACUUUAGGUAACAUCUGCUGAAAUUAUAGGAUGUCAGGAUGUCAUAACUAUUUUGUAAUUGCAGUAAAGAACUGGUUGGACAGGCUUUGAUCUUGCAGCUAUUUCCGACAACUUACAUGUCGCAUCGUCACAGUCGAGCUCGCGACUCUCCAAGGUAAGACCGCCGCUCUCGGAUCUCACACACAUCAUAUCGACUCUCCUUUCGGUCCUGACGGACGCACAGCACGGAUGUGAAAGACGCAUUUGCGUCCAUUUCAAACGAGUGGUCACAGCUUGGUAGAUUUUUGACUUGCGGUGAUGUUUUUGUGAGUUGACCAAAUGACACAAGGUCAAUGCUUGAAGAGGGAUUGUUCACAAAAUAUGGACUACUUUUAUUGGGAGGGGCAGGGGGCUGUUCUCUGUGAUUGGCCAGCAACCAUUCGAGGGUGUGGCCUGUCCAAAGACAGCUGGGAGAGGUUCGAAUAAUGGAUGGAUUGGAUGAAGUUUGGAAAUAUUUUGGUUGUAACAAUACAAACUUUUUCAGCAUUUUAAAUCAUCCUUCCAAAUUUGAUAUAAUCUACAAAGUAGUACAUGACCAUUCAAAACUAAAAUGAGAAUGAACAUGCUUGAGAAAGAAUAUGAAACAAAAUAAAUCCAUUUAAAAAUCAACUCAGAAAGUUCAUGAUUGAUGUUCAUUGACAGACAUGAAAGAGGAGGACAUUUUUGCUGUCAUUCUGUUUUUUUUUUUUUUUUUUGGCGGGGUACUUUAUAAAUGCAAAAUGUAAUUUCGGUUCGUUUUUGUUCACGGAAAUCUCCAUUUUAGUUGGGGUUAUUUUUGUCAGUUUCCGUGAACUGUUGCAUUACAGGGGUCUCAAACUCAUUUCUGUGAAACCAUAUCAGGAAGUCAAGAAUAAUGGUAUAUUCAAGUAUAGUUUAAGUUACUGUAAUGAGGGUUUUGGCAACAAGAAAAGUUAAAAUAGCUCUUUUAUAUCUGACAUACGAGAAUUUGAAGUAUCGGUCAACAUUUUAGUAAGCAUCACAGAAGUCAACUUUUUGAUUUGCUUUCGCGGGCCACAUCAAAUGAUACGGCGGGGCCAGAUCCAGCCCCCGGGGCUUGAGUUUGACACCGGUGUAUUACAACCUCGGUAGGAACAGAAUCUGCUGAAAACGCAUCCUCACUACUAUUUGUCUUCAUCGUGAGCUUCUUUUUGGGUUGGUCAGUACCUCGAUGGAGCCUCCGACGUACAACGAGGCCACAAUGCUACCUUCCGCUGUGGCCGUGGAAGACUUUGAAGUUUGCCCUCCGCCUUCUUAUUACGCUUCCGUUUGCCAGCAUUCAAACCCGCCUCCUUAUCAAGAAACCAAUCCGUUUCCUGCCUUGAUGCCAACUAUCUUCCACGCCCCUCAGACCUUUCCAGUCAUCCAUUCAACACCGCCGGCAGCUGUGGUGUCCCAGCCAACGUCCGAACCAACUUCAACGACGUCCAACCUGCUCGGCUCUCCGGGCAGCGUUCGGUGUCCGCACUGCCGCCGCGACGUUGUCACCAAAAUCAAACAAAUGCCCUCGAAGAGGGCUUACACUUUAUGCUGCGUCCUGUCGUUUUCUGGGCUGGUUUGUGGCUUCUGCCUGAUUCCUUUCAUGAUUCCAGACCUGUGGGAUGUUCAUCACUACUGUCCUCACUGUGGAAAACAUCUACACGUACAUCAUAAAUCUUGACGUGGAUCCACUCUGGAUUAUUUGAACACUUUUUGUAUGCAGAUCGAGGAACUUUUUGGGGGGGGGGGGACUUAAAAAGAAAACAAGGCCACAUUAAACGUGGACCAAAAAAACAACAACUAUACCUCCAAAAAUGGAAUUAGCAUCUUCAGAGAAUAUGUUUUUCUUGGGACUCAUAACAGUAAAGACAUUUUGGCAUUAAACGUUUGAACAGAAAUAUUA